AUGGAGACUGGGAAUAUCAGCAGCAGAGAUGAAGCUGGCGUCCUCUCGGCGAGUCCUUACACCACUGUGGAGAGUGUGCUCAUCAUUCUGGUGACGGGAUCGCUCAGUCUGAUUACUGUUAUUGGAAAUAUCCUGGUCAUGCUCUCCAUAAAGGUAAACAGGAACCUGCAGACCGUCAACAACUACUUCCUGUUCAGUCUAGCCUGCGCGGAUCUCAUUAUUGGCAUCGUCUCCAUGAACCUAUACACCGUCUACAUCGUAAUCGGCUACUGGCCCUUGGGAGCGGUGGUGUGCGACUUGUGGCUAGCGGUUGACUACGUGGUUAGCAACGCCUCGGUCAUGAACCUCUUGAUCAUCAGCUUCGACCGUUACUUCUGCGUCACCAAACCGUUGAGUUACCCUGCUCGCCGUAGCACCAAGAUGGCCGGUCUGAUGAUCGCCGCUGCGUGGGUACUAUCCUUUGUCCUGUGGGCGCCGGCUAUUUUGUUCUGGCAGUUCAUCGUGGGUGGCAGAACCGUGCCGCCGGGAGAGUGCUACAUCCAGUUUUUCUCGAACCCGGCUGUCACCUUUGGUACAGCCAUCGCGGCCUUCUACCUGCCCGUAGCCAUCAUGAUCUACCUCUACUGGCGCAUCUCCAGGGCCAGUCGUAGUCGCGUCCAGAGGGACAGCAGGAAGACGUCUGGAACCAGCACCGCAGAAGCUCACAGUCAGGAGUACCCGGGCGAGAACCAGAUCCAAAACAACUGCAUUCAGAAGAUAAGGGAACAGCUCAGGGAGGCUGCGUUGGUCAAGGAGAAGGAGGCACUACCACAACAGAAUGGAAACGCUCCUUGCAAUGAAGACAAACCAGAGCAGAUGGAACCAGAGGCGGACAGCGUCCAACCUUCCACAUCUACAGAGAACGAGGUCCCCGUUUCGGUGCUGAAGGGACUGAACGCCAUAAGAAGGAUGAACCAAACACAGCCAUCCUCUAGGGCAACAUCCUUGACUGACUGCCAAGCCACAAAUACCAUGUUGAAGUUGACGAGGCAGAACACGGUGGCCAAGUGGCGCAAGAAAAGCGCAUCAUCACGAGAGAAGAAGGUGACGCGCACCAUCAUGGCCAUCUUGGUGGCCUUUGUGGUGACGUGGACGCCAUACAACGUGAUGGUGCUGAUCAACACCUUCUGCUCCAUCUGCAUCCCCAACGCCUUGUGGACCAUCGGCUACUGGCUGUGCUACAUCAACAGCACCAUCAACCCGGCCUGUUACGCCCUGUGCAACACCACCUUCAAAAACACCUUCAAGCACUUGCUGCUGUGCCAGUACAAAAACAUACGAGCAGCACGGUGA